AUGUCCGACGCUGCUCUCUUCCUCAGAAAGCGAAAGGACAAAGACCGCCGCAACAGGGUACCGUCUCGUUCGGUUGGUGGCCCGUCUACUUCCACUUCCACCUCGGCUUCUGGUCCUUCUCCAUACACACGUCCUUCUAAUGCUGCCGCCUCAUCUUCCACUUCAACCACCAUCAAGCCCGAAUCGAGCGAUACUACCAAUGGUAAGAACCCCAAUAUCACCGAGAUCAAGAUCUUCUCUUCUGGUUCAGAUGGAGGACUGCGAUUCAACUUUAUGAGACUCAACCACGAGAAAGAGAUCGAUCCAAGUCAAAUUGGCAGAACAGUCUUAUUGAAUCGAAAGCGACCUGGACCUAAACAACCUCCAUUAUUCGCUUUGGACGGUGAAGGGAAGAUCAUGGGUAAAUACGUAUACGAUGCUAGUGGGAAACCCGUGUUGGAUGCAGAGGGUAAACCAGUAGUGGAGAAGAAACCUGAAGGUAUGGAUAUGUCUUUGAUAGGUACUGCUCCACCAGGCUCUAAUGAAGAUCAUCCUCCACCUCCUACUAAAGGGAAAAGAAAGAUGAAGAAAGGUACGAAAGAGGUAUUUCAUCAGGAUGUAGAAGUCAUGAGACUAAGAAGAGAAGAAGCCCAACCUUGGAUAUUAGAAAAUUCAAAACCUAGAUCAUCCACCGGUGCAAAUAGCAAUAUACCUGAAACCUGGGUUGGAAGGAUGCAAGAACCUUCGGCGUUACCUACGGUAUUGUUGAUUAAUGACGGAACGACAGAUGGGUUUGAGAUGGUACCGCUAGGUAGAACUUAUAGGUUCGAUCCGGAAAGACCAUUCAAAGCGUUAGAUUCGGAUGAAGCUAUCAAAUUGUUCGAACAUCAAGCGAAACAUAAAAUACAUGAUAGAUGGGCACUCCGACCUGAAGGUUCGGAUACCAACGGUAAUGGCUCGACAUCUGAAGGACCCGUACUUAAUAUAAAAGCAGAGAGAGACUUGGAGCAAAGGGCGAUGAGGUGGGAAGGAAGGAUGAGGCUGAACAAUGGUAAUUUGGAGGAUAGGAAACCCAAGAUUGAGAAGUAUGAGGAUGAUUAUGUCAAAGAAGGUAGAAGGGCAGAAAGGGGUCUUGAGGGAGGUAUCGAUGAAGAAUUGGAUUUCGACGAAGCGGAGCAUUUCCAAGACGACGAUGACGUCAAUACGUUCUAUCGAAAUGCAGAGGAAGAGGAUGAUGCGAAAGAAGCUGAAGAACAACAGAAGAAGGAAUUUAGAUUGGCAAAUGCCAAUGUGGGUGAUAAACCUCAGAUUGCCGAGGACGACGACGAAGAUGAUCUGUUUGGAGAGAGGAAGAAGUAUUCGGAAGAAGGUAAACAGUUGAAAAAGAUUAUGAAAAAGAGAAGAGAGGAAGGUGAAGAUGAUAACUUGUUCUCGGAUGAUGAUUCGGACGAUUCAGAUACGGAAAGUAUUGAUAGCAAAACAUCCCAAAACAAAGAUCAAGAUAAAGACAAGGAUAAGAAACCCCUUGCAGAUGGCGAUAGACCCUCUCGACCACCUUCUAGAGGACCUGGAUCCAGGGGUACCUCCUCACCCACCGGUAAAAGGCCUAAUGGGCCUAUGCCGGGAAAAGCCUCCACCGCUCCUCCAGGUUCAGGUGCCGCUUUGCUCGCUCAGAGGGCUGCAUCACGAGGUGCAUCACCUAGACCUUCCGGAGGAGCUAGAGCGGGAAGUCCAUUAUCUGGUCGAGCAGCUAGUCCCGAAGGUAGAGCGACUUCUCCAGUCAUGAGGGGUAAUUCACCUGUUCCAGGACGGGGUCAGUCACCUGGUCCGGCCAGGGGAUCAAGUCCCGUAUCUGGACAUUCAACACGGGACGCCUCGCCUGCUCCUGGCUCGAGUGGUGCUGCGAAAGGCAACAAAUCUGGUAAAAGGAAGACUACAUCUGAAUCACCUGGUCCAUCUGGUCCUUCCGGUCCUUCGACCAGUUCACCCUCAUCUAAAAGGAAGAAUUCACCUAGCGAGGCAGGAAGAGUGGGAAAAAAAUCCAAAAAAUCAGGAUCGAAUACUCCCACUCCAGGUCCAGAAGAGAUUGAACCUUUCCCCGGUAUGAUAACGAAACAAGAUGUUUUAGAUUGGUUUAAAGGUUUGAACAAGAAGACUGUACCGAUGUCCGAGGCGAUCGCUGCUUUUAGAAAUAGGAUCAUGAAUGCUGGAAAGAAUAGGGAAGCGAACCAGAAGUUGUUCUUGGGUUGGAUGAAGAUGUUGGCUGAUCAGGAGGAGAAAAUGUUGAGGUUGAAAGAUGAAUAUAGAUAG